AUGACGACGAAUGGCGCAAUGCGGCGGAAGCCGGUGGCUCCCGAAACACUUCCAUCGGGCUGGGAAGCUCUAAAGGAGACUGUACAGCAUAAAUAUGACCGGCCUGAGGGAAAUUACGGCCUUCUCAUACAGAUACUUCGUGGCAUGCUGAUCAUAUCCUGGUUCAACUGCAGCUGCGUAGCCAUUGUCAUCACACAGACACUUGGCUUGCCGUUGUAUGUUAUCAACAGGCGGUGGUAUUAUUCGUAUAUUGCGAUGACGAAACAAUUCUUCGGUAUUAUCAUCACUGCACUUACAGAAUGGUGCAGCCCUACUCCCGUCCGCAUCAGUGGGAAUUAUAGCAUGCGGGAUCAGUUCAGCCUUCAGCCAGACGGAAGGGUAGUCACGAAAUUUCCCAAUCGCCUAGUUUUGAUCGCGAACCACCAAGUGUACACCGACUGGCUUUACCUGUGGUGGGUCACCUAUACCAAUAAUAUGCACGGGUAUAUAUACAUAAUCUUGAAGGAGUCGCUCAAGUAUAUCCCACUUAUAGGACAAGGGAUGAGGAUAUACGGCUUUAUUUUCAUGGCACGUAAGUGGGCUCAAGAUAAGCCACGGUUGGAACAUCGGUUACAAAAGUUGAAGACGACGCAUGGGACUUCUUCCAAUGGGGCCCCAUUAUUUGACCCGAUGUGGCUCCUGAUUUUCCCUGAAGGCACAAACCUAUCUAAGAACACCAAAAGAAGAAGUGACGCCUAUUGUGAGAAACAAGGGAUUCCAUUGCCUAAGCAUGUACUACUUCCUCGCUCCACUGGCCUAUUUUUCUGCCUUCAGCAACUAAGAAACACGAUUGACUAUGUCUACGACUGCACAGUUGGUUAUGAAGGCCCUCCUAAAGGGAGCUACGCUGACGCCUAUUUCACCCUUCGGUCUACCUAUAUAAAAGGACGCCCACCAAAAGCCGUCAACUUUUACUGGCGGCGCUUCCCUAUUUCUGAAAUCCCCCUCGACGACCCUAAAGAAUUUGAGACCUGGAUCUACGAACGAUGGGAGGAGAAAGAUCAACUCCUGGAGCAAUUCGUCGAACACGGCCGCUUCCCCUCUUUCCAAGCGGAAGUUGAUCCAAACAAAGGCAUUCCAAAUGUCGAUGGUCCGGCAGCCAGCACAAGCGAAGAGCAAUAUAUUGAGAGCGAGAUUAAGCUGGGUCAUUGGGCUGAAGCCGGCAAGAUAUUUACUGUGCUUGGCAUGCUCGGCCUCGCGCUGAGAGUGCUCAUUCGACCUUUUACUUAA